AUGUAUGACUGCAACCAGGGAACCAUCGACUCCAUCGAUAACGAAACUCGUUCCAUGCGCCGCGUGCGUGGCGGGCAGUUGCCGGUGAUAAUUCCGGGCUUCCUGCCCAAGGUAGACGGUUUCCUGCGCGAUCCCAAUGCCUACAAGGACUUCUAUGGCUUGAUCCAUCGCGAUAUGGAGCGCAUGGUGGAAACCGUUGCGCGCCGGUCCGAGGAAGUCGGUUCUCCCCCGCAGCUGAUCCUAGAAUGGUUGGGCUUCGGCGGGCAUGCCAAGCUGGGCGGUGUCCUGCAUGGAAUGAUGCGCGACCGUUUCCCUGAAGCCACGUUCCUGCCCAUCGUUCUGGUGCCCAGCGAAGCGGUUCUCAAGGAGAACAUGCGCCGCGAAACGUGGGGCGCGUAUGAAGAAACCAUUGGCACCCGCCUGGUCCGCAACAGCCUCGGCGUCCAGGAAUUGCAGCGUCAUCCGGCGCUGAUCACUGACAACGGUCUGUCUCCCAACUUCGAGCGGUUGGAUGACAAACUGGCCGUCGCGCUGGCUUCGAUGGAAGCCGGCAUGCGGUACCAGAUUGACGCCGGUUCGAUGGCGGAGACGAUCAACAGCUUCGGUGACUACUCCAACGGCUGGUUCGGGGUUCGCGUUCUCAACCGGCGGGUUGACAUAGCGGAUACUCGCAAUGGAUCCCGGCUAUUCGGUCCUUUCCGGGGCCGCGAAAUAGUGGUGGUCAACGACAACGCCAAACAGUUGCCAUUCGCGAUUAAAUCGGCAAUGUGGGACAUCAUGGAUCCCAAGCGCACCGACCUGCAAUUGGCGAAGCAUCCGUUCCCCGAAGGCGACACCGUGAUGCGCAUGGUGAUCACUUUGCCGGUUGAGCCAUCUGGGCUGGCUGAAAUAGCCGCCGAUGUCCAGGAUCAGAUGCACCGUGAAGACUUCGACGUGGCCUACCCGAACGUCAUGUGGUCGUUCGCGUCGUCGAACUUCCAGCAGUCGCCGGACGACCGCCACAUGCACGUAUCCCUCUUCUUCCCGCUGCAGAACGGCAACAUUCCGACCAUCAGCGACAUCAUGGGCGAUGACAACACCCCGAUGCAGUUGGCAGGGACGUUGGAAUACGCCGGCUUUGGCUCACGCCAUUUCAUGCCGCCGGUCAACGGCCACGACGCGGAAACCCAGUAUGGGUACGUGUCGCGGGGCCAGCAAGUGCGGCUCGAACGCGAACGCUCCCGAAUAGCCACCGAUGACCACCAGCAGUAUGGUUAUGGCAACGGUUACGGCAACGGAGCGGGGGGUGGCGAGUACGCCCGCUAA